CCAAACCAAACGCAUAAUGGAAUCCCAGCAGCCAAACAUGACCCAUGAUGGAGUGGCACAAAAUUUCUGAACGAUCAUGUUUACGUGUCAGCUGGUCGAACGGCUCCGUUUUACACGUUGGGAAGGCUAAAACGACGGCUGACCAACCCGCCGCUUUCCUUCCCUCUUUCCACGAGGACUCAUGCCCAAAAGCGAGAAACUUGUCUGUCAAAAAGAUGCCCUUGUCCUCUUCUAUUAUUUACGCAAGCGCCACGAUAACAGCUUUAGCCACACUGGCCACUUUGAUCUUUAUAGUUCCAAAACGAGGGGUAUUUUUGGGAAUUACGUUGCAACAGCUCAGGUCUGAACCGAAGCUUCUUUGUUCCAUCUCUGUAAGCGUGUUUGUGUAACUUUGUUAUUCGGUUUGACUUGGUGGGAACGAUCCCUUUGCUGUGAAAUUGCAGAGUUUUAUUAAGCUUUUGGUCUCUGAGAUUGUAAUUUGAAAAAAGGGUCUUGUUAGAUUCGGAUUUUCGUGUUGAACUCUUGCUCGUCACAGUCAUUGUCUUUGUCGAAUCUAGGUCUCUGGCUUUGCCUGGCUGGAUCUUCACGAAUCUAGGUCUCUGGCUUUGCCGGCUGGAUCUUCACGAAUCUAGGUUAUUCUUUACCAAGGACAGUUUUCCAAAGGUCAAGUACAAUGCGUGCACCAGCAUUGCUUGCACAUUGCUUGCCAGGGUUGGUGCCCCAGGACCGAGGAAGUCAAAGCAUGUCCUCCAUUUCGGAGAGAGAUGUGCAUCUCCCUUCACCGGCGGUUGAGAUCCUCCCAUCAAAGACAGCUCACCCCUACAAGUAUGCUGGGGAGAAUGUAGACUUGCAAGGGCUCAAUAUAUUCAAGGGAAGAGUUAGUGUUGCAGAUAUCAUCGGCUUCAAUGGUUUGGAAAUGAUUUCCUCCAAACCUAAUGGAUAUCUGAAAUCUUGGGACAGCUCUAUUGAUCUUGUUAAUGUCCUUAAGCAUGAGAUUCGUGAUGGGCAACUGAGCUUUAGAGGCAAAAGGGUCCUCGAGCUUGGCUGCACCUAUGGACUUCCAGGGAUUUUUGCUUGCUUGAAGGGAGCUUGCACAGUCCACUUUCAAGACCUCAAUGCGGAAACUAUCAGAUGCACAACCAUACCAAAUGUCCUUGCCAAUCUUGAGCAAGCUCGGGACAAGCAGAGCCGACAGCCAGAGAGCCCCUUGACUCCAUCAAGACAAACUCUGGCUCCAUCGGUGCAUUUUUUUGCAGGGGACUGGGAAGAACUCCCCACUGUCUUAUCUGUGGUGAAGACUGAAGGAUUUGAAGGGACACCAGGGAUGAGCCUAAGCUUCUCUGAGGAAGAUUUCAUGGAUGGAUGUAGUAGCCUAGAUGGUAGCAUGACGGGGCAGGAAUCCUCCUCGAGGCGAUCAAGAAAGCUUUCGGGAAGUCGUGCAUGGGAGAGGGCCAAUGAGACCGAUCAGGGAGAGGGUGGGUAUGAUGUUAUUUUGAUGACAGACAUCCCAUACUCGGUGACCUCUUUGAAGAAGCUAUAUGUGCUGAUAAAAAAGGGCGUGAGGCCGCCAUACGGAGUGGUCUACUUAGCCACAAAGAAGAAUUCUGUAGGCUUCAACAGUGGAGCACGGCACCUGAGAAGUCUGGUAGACGAAGAAGGCGUUUUUGGAGCGCAUUUAGUCAAAGAGAUGGCGGAUAGAGAUAUUUGGAAAUUCUUUCUCAAGUGAACAGAACAUACAGCAAAUGCAGAAAAUUAGCAAAAAAAAGGAACAAAAAUGAUAUUUGUUAAUUUGUAUGACAUAGAUCACAUGCAUUCUUUUUUUCUUUUCUUUUUUCCCUUUUCCUUUUGGGUGGGGGAGUGUUUAGUAAUUAAUGGAGUCGAAAUGGGGAAGUAUGUGUAUCCAUCAAUCCAAUCGUCCUGCCAUGGCUUCUAUAAUUUUGUGUUACCCUUUUCUUUUCACAAAAAUGUGCUCCUGGUUGAAACUGUAAAUCCCAAGAUUUAUAAAUUUUAUAGUGGAAAUAAUAUACUAAUUUUGUUGUUUUUCUGUA